CAGACCAAGAGGCACCUGCUGGGGCUCAGUGGAGAGACGAAGGGACGAGUGAUUGAGGCAGUGAAAGAGUUCUUGGAGGGCAUGUGGCGUGCAAUAUGUAGGGAAUGAUAUCUUGCCCCGAGAACAUAGACUUCUCGCAUGUUUUGUUUUCUUUUCACAGGAGCUGCCGAUACAAAGGCCUGGCUGGGGAGAAAUCCUGAGCCACCUGUGACAUCAAGAUCAAGAUCAAACUAUGAAUAUGUUGAUAAUUUACAUUCAAGGAGCCCUUUAUCAUUGUCACAGCCCCAGAUCGUCAACUAUUCAUGCACGUACCAUGAAACAUGCGGACAGCGUGACACAAGGAGUAACGGCCCUCCAGGAGCCCCUGUAGACGCUUGCGGCCUGCCGGGGUUUGUUUACCUCGGCUGUCAGGGAGGUGCAGAGGGAGGCUGGUGCUGGGGACGGCAGGGAAGGAGGGCGUGGAACAGUGAGUCUCGGGAAAACAAGUUCAUGAAGUGACGAUAAGAGUGAAAAAAAUAGCAUCAAAUAAAGAGCCAGCUUGUUCCCCUUGGCUGGAGGCUGGGACGGAGGGAGGCGGCAGGGAAGAAAGGAGUAAGUAAAACAGUGAGUCUCGGGAAAAGGAAGUGAUGAAGUGACAAGGAGUGAAAAGCUACUAGCAAGGAAAGAGCCAGCUUGUUCCCACUGUUGCUGUUGGAGGCGCUUAGUGAUUCUCCAUAUUUACCAAAACAAGUUGAUGAAGUGACUAUAAGAGUGAAAAAUUAGCAUCAAGGAAAGAGCCAGCCAGUAGCUUGUUCCCGCUGGCUGUAGGCUGGGGCAGAGGGAGGCUGGUGCUGGGGACGGCAGGGGAGGAAGGAGUGAGUGAAACAGUGAGUCGGGAAAUCAAAUUGAAGUGACUAAGAGUGAAAAAAUACCAUCAAGGAAAGAUCCAGCCAGGAGCCACUGUGGAGCACCUGUGGCCACACCAAGUGCCAGGCCACGCCAGGGAGGGGCAGCACCAGGACGCCAGCCACGGAUGUCACCCCAACCAGCAGGGAUGCUGGGAGAGUGUUGGUGGAGCAGCCAUAUCAAACGUGUCUGGUCAAGGACGCCGACUGACUUGAAUCAUCUGAUCUCUCCACCUGUGUGGUUGACGGGCAUGUGUGGGUGUUGGCCGGGAGCGUUACCGCCGCGAGGAUUUGAAUCAGGGGCGCCUCGUGCCAGCCAUGGACGUGGACCCACUCUGCAUCAUACUCGUGAAGAAUGGCAGUAGAGGGGACAGACUCCUCUUCAGGUACCCCUACUCGGACGACGUGGCUUUGGAGACCAAGAUCAAAAACAAACGUCCAACACCAUACUCCUUGAUUACUGAAGACAACAUUCAGAGCCCUCCUGACCCUUACACGUCCAACAUAUCCAAUGGGAAACUCGUUGGUUUUCCUGAUAAGGUUCUGUCAAACCUCUUUGCUGUGAAAAGUGAACUGAGUGACAGCAAGUUUGAGUUAAAGGUGAAUGAUGUGAGGUUUGUAGGUCAUCCACUGCGACUCAACCCUACUUCAGCUCACAUCCCAGCACAGGCCAAGAGGAAGCUCUCAACCAUCAUACUCUUUAAUAUUGUCUUUGCUCUAAAGGCAACCAUAAACCAUGAUGUGGUGAGUUGUUACCAUGAUCUCAGCAAGCGGUUGGGCAUUGCUUUGCGCCACGAGGAGUAUCGCUGUCAAUUCCUGUCUACUGAAGCCAAGAUAAUGCUUGCAGCUCAUGAUGAGGCCACUCAGCUUCCCGAGGAUGGUCAGGUGUCACCAUUUCAACUUAUUCUGGUCAGAAGCCUUUUGGCACAGCACUUCAAACAAGCCUAUGAUGAGUUAAGUGGGUCAGGUAUUGUUCAACUUCGACUAAACAACUGGAUUGAAGUUAGCUUCUGUUUGCCACAGAAAGUUCACCGCAGCUUGGCGACAGGACUACCAGUUGAUUGUGAAGGUUUGCUGAAGGGACUGAAAUCCCUGAAGCCCUACCACACCUUCCUGUUGCUGGUGGAGCGUGCUGAGCUGCUUCGUUCCCUUUCCCCCGAUGCCUCACCAGCCUUGUGGCGGUUGCUGCAUGUGGAGGAGUCACACCUCACACCGUUCUUUACGCUUGCUGCUGAUGCUGACCUGACCCUCACUCAAGUCUUCAUGUUGGUGGGUCACCUGGUAUACUGGGGCAAGGCAACCAUCAUCUACCCCGUGUGCAGCACCAACCUCUAUGUUCUCUCCCCACAUGCACCCACCGUCAUAGAUAAUCAGUUGGCCGAGGCCUUUCGAGACCAGUUUCCAGGAUCCUCACUUCAUAUCAUGUUAGCAGAUUUUUCCCUGCCAACAUCACUAAGUGACAAAUGCCAUCCUAUUAACUCACCCCUCCAGCAGCAAGAGCAGGUGCAGCAGGUCCUAUGGCUGUUGAAACAUGGUCUGCUGCAGCAGCUACACACAUAUGUCUAUUUAUCACCCCCCAUUUCCCUGGACACCGACAACCUGAGGGUGGGGAGCCGUGACAUUGGGGGGACGGGGACCCUGGGAAGCCACGGCACCAGCUCACCAGCCAGCACCAGCAUCCCUACCCCCACAGUGCAGGAGCCUCCUCCCCUCCCUCAGGAGCCCUCCUCCCUUUCCUCCCAGCAGCAGCCAGUGUACCAUUCAGACAUGACCCCAGAUGCCCUCCAUCGAGCAGUGGUGCAGCUGAGUCAGCCUGCCUCAGAGAGUGAUCUCGGCUCUGUGUGCAGUGAUGAGAGGAGUCCCAGCCCCGGCAUGACGCUGGGCAACACUCCUGAGCCCUCUGUCCAACACCAGCUGGAUGCAGUCCUGUCAUCUGCGGAGAAGGAGAUGGUUAUGAAAGUAGAGGCAGCACGCAACCCAGAGGACCUUAAGCUGUUUGCUAAACUGUGUCAGUACUUUCGGGGCCGCCACCACUUGGAGGAAAUGAUGUACCGAGUCAACCUAAGGCGCUCCCAGUUGCUGCACCUCAUCGAGAAAUUCCGGCCAGUCUUAAUCACAUGCCAGCACCCAGAUGACUCCAUCACCCUGUCCUCACAUAUCAAGUGAUGCCACAUGUCUUGAGUAUAUACCCACAAUUUCAGUCGUGCAAUUUUUACUGGUUGUAAUACCAUUUAAGUUUAACUUUAUAGUUUAAUUCUCCUCAUCAUGAAUUUGAUAUUACUAGGCAGAUUUUUGUAGGAAUAAAUCAGUCAGUGUCAGUGAAACAUGACACCAAUGAAUAUUAUAGUAUAAAGGCUUGUGUAAGCAUGACUCGCCUUACUUUUUCUUCCAUUAUAUUCUGCCUUCGCACAUCUUUUGUACAUGAAUAAAAAUAUAAAAAAACAUUGCAGGUUCGACACAGCAAUAUUAAGCAUGAACUAGGCAGUUACAGGAAGAAAUAUAUAGCAGCUACUGUAUGAGGAAUAGUCAGGGAAAGAGUAGUUGGUUGUAAAUAUUUACACUACUAGUUACUAACAACCUGUGAUCAAUUCCUGUUGUAAAUAUUUAUGCUAAACUUAGUAACUGAACAGACUAUGACUAACAGCAUUAUCAGUCUGUUUCUCAUGAUGAUCACAUCACCCAGUUUCAUUGAACCAGAAAAUCCUCCUUCCAUAACAACCGUUGGUAAUUAUCGUUCCAGAUUGUAGGUACUAUUGCUAGGUAUCUCUUGAGACACCCAAAACAGAGUCUAGAGAGGAAUAUCAUCAGCAUAUGUAAAUUUUCUUUGAUUAUGUAGUAAAAAUGCUACAUAUUUUGCAUACGUAUUUAGUUAAAAAAAUAGGCCAUCCAAGAUGUGAGGGAAGCAGAAUCUAGCGUCUUCUGGUCAUAUGUAAUUAAUUUUACCACAUGUCAUUGUUUUAGAAACAUCUUAUAUUUGUUUCCUACAGUUUUACAUUUUUAUUGAUUUUUCAUAAGCAUUUUACCAUGAAGAAAAUACUAAUUUCUUACUUGUAUCUAUAGACACUGCACCUAAGAGAAAAAUGCAUAAUGUCUUGCAUUCUCAGUCCUCAUGGUUAUCAUUCUAGACUGAAUCCCUUGUGAGAUGUGAUGCCUCUGUAUAUAUACUGAUAUAUCUAUGCCAUAUAUUUAUAGCUUCUAUUUGUAAAUUUGUAUAUUUAUUAUACAAUAAAAAUUUUGUGACUUCAUUGUCAUAAAAUUGAAUUAAACUCAUUGUUUAAAAGGCAACCAAAGGGUUAUGUCAUUGAUUUUAAUUACUGAGAGAUUAUCUGAGAGGACAUUGAUAUGAACAAUGACUAUGUGGGUUGACUGGAGGAAGGGGAAUGAAAAUUAACCAAUGGACGGUGUUUGUUUGAAGGAAGUACAAAUUGUCUGUAAGCUAUGAUUCUGCAAAGACACAUUACCAAAGGCAUCAAUUUACUUCUUCAAGUUACUAUUCACUGUCCAUGUCUCACAGCCUAGAGUAAGCCAGGAAGCGCAAGUUAUUUAAAGAUUCCUUCUGCACAGGUUUCGACAACUCCAUUUACUCGUGUUGAGCGAGUCCAUAACACUGUGAGCCAAGCCAAUCUGCUGUAAAGCAUCUUGACGUGACCCACCUUAUUUUUUCACUACAUUCUAAAGAUAUGAUGAAUUUUCCAAGAUAUCAAUGUCCUCUCCAAAUGCAUGAACAGACUUCUGUUUCAUCCAGUAAGCCUCCAAACACCUGUACCUUAGUCUUGAGUCAGGAGACCUGAAAUUCCCAAAGCUUCACUUCCUUGUGUGGUCUUUCGAAAGCCAUCACCAGAACCUUCAGUGACAUGGCAAGGAUUAUUACAUUAUCAACAAAAACAAGGUUAGUGACCCUGGUAUUGCCAAUAGAUGCUCCUCUCCAAAUCUUUUCAUUUCAAUCUUGCCUUUCUUUACCUUUAACGGGGAAUACACCCACACCCAUGCAUACUCUAUACUUCACAAUGCCCAUUUAACCUGUCAUCCAUACUACCUCAAACCAUACCAUCCAUGUCCAUCCACUUUUGCCCAUACUUUUUGGGAUACCAGUAUCAUGCACCCUUCCUUCCCUCUCCUCUCUCUACUCUUGCCCAAACUAUUCUUCUCCACAACAUCUCUUCCACACUUUCCUACAUGCUUCCUUUUAGGCGCGUCUCACCACUUAACAUGAUUUCGUAAGUACUGGAUUCCCUAGAGAAGGAUUACAAGCAUCAUGUAAUUGAAAUGUGUUCUUUCUUUACAUUCUU